UUCAGAUAACUUUUGAAACCAGUGAACACGGACUGCGUUUGUUCAAGUUAAAAUUUGCGUUCAAAUUUAAGUUUUAGAUCAUUUUAAUUGAGUGUCGUACCCCUUGUCAUAAAAAAAGUAUUUGGCAACCCUGCCACGUUUCCACAGCUGACACGACUCACCUGCGACGUCACAUCAGCUGGCGCGGUGAAAAAAACAAAACAAAAAACGGAGUUUAUUUACCAUCGGCUCAUAGAACGAGUAGCAGUGGAAAAUAUUGCGUGAAUUGGUUCAAAAUUUCCUAAUCGAGUGCCAGGUGUAAAAUGUGAAUGAUAAACUUUCGCGCAAACAAAAUUGGUAAAAGUACCAAUAAAGUGAAUUCUGUCGUGCGUUUGGAAAGAGCCUUCGCGGAAAAUGGGACGGAACGUGCUGGCCAGCAGCUUGCAGAAUGCAUCCUUCAGUAUCAUAUUUCAGAUUUUCUGUCGCUGUAUCACGUUCGCGAUCAACGCGUUCAUUGUUCGGAGCGUUGGCCGCGAUGUACUCGGGAUCACGAACGUGCGACUGCUUCUGCUGGAAAGUACGCUGCUGUUUCUGGCGAAGGAAGCAAUUCUCCGGUCGGCCCUCAGCUCCAGACACAACAAAGAUUGCAGCUGGGCUCAGCUGAUUAACCAGCUUUGGAUCACCGUUCCGGCGUGCUUCGUCCUGUCGAUUCCCUGUCUGUACAUCUGGUUGAACUGGCUGUCCCAGGUGGACGACCACUUUUACGUGCAGUAUCGGUUCGGGUGCUUUGCGAUUGCGUUUGCCUGCGUGAUCGAGCUGACGGCCGAAGCGCCCAUCUUCGUGUCGCAGGUGUUCUGCUUCGUCAAGCUGAAGGUGGUCAUGGACACGGCCCACAUCUUUAUCCGGUCGUUUGUGUUUAUCGUGCUCGUACUGCUGAACAAGGACAUUACGAUCUACGCGUUCGGAAUAGCGCAGAUAACCAGCGCCGUGACGAUAAUCGUGGGAAAUUACGUGUUCUUCUACGUGUACAUUGUGCGACUGGCCCGGUACCGACAGGAGCAGAAACGAAUCGACGACAAGUACGAGUUGAGGAAGCUUUUUGGAGCGCACUACGAGAACAUGGAUGACUUUCCGUUCACCUCGAUCAAGGAGAUGCUCCCCGGAGUUCUACCGAAUCCGAACUCCGCCUUCAACUCCGAGCUCCAAACGCUGGUGCUGAGUUUCGCCAAGCAGGGCUUCCUGAAGCAGGUGCUGACCGAGGGCGAAAAGUACGUGAUGUCGGUCAGUCCGGUGCUCACGUUCAGCGAGCAGGCCACCUACGACGUGGUCAACAACAUGGGCAGCCUGGCGGCACGGUUCAUCUUUCGCCCGAUCGAGGACAGCAGCUACUUUUACUUCACCCAGACGAUCGCCCGCGAGGAAAAACUUGUCGACCAGAACCGCGAAAAGGUCAACGAGGCGUGUCUGGUGCUGUCGUACGUGUGCAAAACGGUCACCUCGAUCGGACUGCUUGGGUUCGUGUACGGCCAGAGUUAUUCCGGCACGCUGCUGCUGCUGUACGGGGGCGCUGAGUUUGUGGAAGGUGGCCUGCCGGAGAUUUUGCUCCGCUGCCAUUGUCUGGCCAUUGUGCUGCUGGCGUUGAACGGCAUCACCGAGGGUUACAUGUUUGCCACCAACACGUCCAAGCAGAUCGACACCUACAACUAUUACAUGGCGUUCUUUUCGGUUGCCUUCUUGCUGCUUUCCUACCAGCUCACAAACUGGCUCGGCCCGGUCGGGUUCAUCCUGGCCAACUGUUUCAACAUGAGCUUCCGGAUUAGCUACAGCUUGUUUUACAUCCGCACUCACCUCAAGGACGUGAGUGACACACCCUUGAAGCGGUUCUUGCCUGGGCCGCUCUUCCUCGCCGUGUUGGCCACCGGAGGCAUCCUUUGCAAGCUGUCCGAGGCGUACUUUGGUGGCCGGUCCAUUCUGUACCACAUUGUGGUGGGGGCCGUUUGCGUCGGAUGCACCGUCCUGACGUGGAGCUUCGAAAACCGCGAGUUGCUGCGGACGGGAAUGGCGAGGUAUCGCGAGCGGAAGAUGAGCGUCGCCCAGUGAGGGGAAUUAGACGAAUUUUGAAUGAAGACGUCGUCGGAUUAAACAUUCGAUGGAAGGUAGAGUGGAAUAAUUUUAGGAAUCGAUCCUUUAGUUAAAGAUUGUUACGUAUUAACUUAUUUAUAAAUAAGUUACAAAUGUUUUCAACUUUUGUUCACAGACCGUUUAGUUAGUCCACAAACUACCAUACGUUUGAUCUGAAUGAGUGAUUAGAUUACAAAGAGAGAAAAAUUAAACUUUGAUAAAAAUAAAAUUAAAAACAGAAGGCAAAAUAAAGAUUUGAACCCAACGCACAUUAAGUUGAGACACGUUUGUUGUUGACCACUCUAAAAUUUUGCUAAUAAAAAAAUGCUAAGAGAUAUUUAUAUAAGAAGCAAUUUUAAGAGCGAUCAUCACUGUUUAAGAAUGUAAUAAAUUAAAGUUAGAAGCAAUAAUAAGAA